AUGUCAGAGUCUUCCUUUAUUCUCAUCAUUAGAGGGAGAGCGGAUAAAAUAGAGAAAAGAGAUGGUUCUGAGACCAAAGAUAUUGCUUAUAUCCACAAGAAAGUCACUUUCAGAGAAUUGUUUGCCCUGGAGGUUGAGUUGUACAUAGUUGUUGUGGUUGCUGCAUACAAUAUGGUUCAAUUAGGGUUUGGUUGGUAUGGUACUGAACAAAAGACCUCCAGGUCUAAAUGGCUCUCUUACCUCUUGGAUCAGACGGCGGCGUACGUGGUGCUUGCCGUGGCAUCUGCAGCGGCACAACACUCAUUGCUGGUGUUGACGGGUUCGGAGGAGCUUCAGUGGAUGAAGUGGUGCUACAAGUUCACAAGGUUUUGCUUUCAGAUCGGAAGUGGCAUCUUCUUCAACUACAUAGCAGCAAUUCUCAUGAUUGUCCUCUCCUCCCUCUCCGCCUUCAACCUCUUCCGCCUCUACUCCCCUAAGCGUUACUUUCACUUAAAGUCCUCCUCAUAA